UCAUUUUUUACAACAGUUAAUUCAGAUCACAUGUCACAAAUUUCUUUGUUGCUGAUGCUCUUACCAAUAAAUUUCUUCACCGAUUUCAUCAACAAUCACCUCUUGGCUCUUGCUGGUUCAAUCCCACAAAAUUGUUCAUUGAUGGCUACGGCAUUUGCCUCAUCUUCUCCAGUCCAAAAAACCACGUGUCACUGGGCAUUCAAUUUCGAUUACCACCUCCCCAUCCCACCGUCGGUUCUCACAACCACAAUUGCCUUCCGCCGUCGCAACACGACAGUCAAAUGCUCCGGCGGCGCCUACGACGUCAUCAUUGUCGGCGCCGGGGUAACUGGUUCUGCUCUUGCUCACACCCUUGCCAAGGAUGGAAGACGUGUCCAUGUUAUUGAGAGAGACUUGAGAGAGCCAGACAGAAUUGUUGGCGAACUUCUCCAGCCAGGAGGGUACCUGAAGCUAAUUGAACUGGGAUUACAAGAUUGCGUGGAGCAAAUUGAUGCACAAAGGGUGUUGGGAUAUGUUCUUUUCAAGGAUGGGGAGAGUACUAAUCUUCCUUAUCCCUUGCAAAAGUUUCAUGCUGAUGUGACUGGUAAGAGCUUUCAUAAUGGGCGGUUUAUACAGAGGUUGAGAGAAAAAGCUGCUGCUCUCCCCAAUGUACAAAUGGAGCAAGGCAUUGCAACUUCUCUUCUUGAAGAUGAUAAUAAAACCAUUAUAGGGGUCCAUUACAAAACUAAAGAUCGCCAAGAGUUCAAAGCUUAUGCUCCCCUCACAAUUGUUUGUGAUGGCUGUUUCUCUAAUCUGCGUCACUCUCUCUGCCACCCCAAGGUAGAAGUUCCCUCUUGUUUUGUAGGUUUAAUACUCGAGAAUUGUCAACUCCCAUUUCAAAAUUAUGGACAUGUUAUUCUAGCUGAUCCUUCCCCUAUCUUAUUUUAUCCUAUUAGCAGCACUGAGAUUCGCUGCUUAGUCGAUAUACCUGGUCACAAAGUUCAUCCCAUAAGUAAUGGCGAAAUGGCUGACUAUCUGAAGACUAUGGUGACUCCCCAGAUUCCUCCUGAGCUUCAUGAUGCUUUCGUAUCUGCAAUUAAUAGAGGAAAUAUUAGAACCAUGCCUAACGGUAGCAUGCCAGCUGAUCCUCGUCCUACCCCUGGAGCUUUGUUAAUGGGUGAUGCUUUCAACAUGCGUCAUCCUUUGACUGGUGGAGGAAUGACAGUGGCACUCUCUGAUAUUGUUGUGCUACAAGAUCUUCUUAAGCCACUCUGUGACUUAAAUGAUGCAGCCUCACUGUGCAGAUAUCUUGAAUCCUUUUACACCUUGCGCAAGUGUGCAUUAGGUAUCAUAUUUCCCAUCAUCAAGGCUGAAGGAGUGAGGCAAACAUUCUUCCCGGGAACCUUACCGGCUUUUUAUAGAACUCCUCCUGCUAGGUGAUGCAUCGAAGAGUCAGUGAAAGCUUGCAAUGCUUCCCAUGUUGGAUGUUUCAGUUAGUUUAUGGCUUCAAAUGAAGGCAAAGUUCCAUGGAUGCAAAGGACACUGCCUUAUGCCACUAAGAAUGGAUUAGAGAUAAGGGAUUUGAAUAGUUGGUAGAGGGUCAUCAUGGCCAUUCUCCUUUUCUACGAAAUUGUAUAUAUGUAACUUAAUUUGACAACGCAAUUGUUGAUAACCUCUGUUCACAAAAUAGUAUUUAUCAAUAGAUAAGAUACGUACAUUCAGAUCUUA